CGCCGCGCUCCUGAAAAUCACCCUGACCAGUUUCUGACGGGUCUCCAACACCGACCUUGACCCAUCUCGCCUGCACGACCAGCCCGAUUUAGAUACCCCGCUUGUCUCGAGAAUGCCUCCCAAGCGGUCGUCUUCCAAGGCCCCUCCUGCAAAGCCCAAAAGCUCCUCGACAGCUGGGUCCAAGCGAGCCGCCGCUUCCUCUUCAAACAUCGCAUCUUCCAGUAAGAAACGCUCCUCCACCGGCGCUGUCACCGCAACCCAUAUCAAGGAGUACCCCGCCACCUUUCAAUGCAAAUCAGGCUACAUCCUCUGGGGCCAUCUUCACACAGUCUGGACAGGAGCCACCUCCACCCGUACGGACUCGAUGCUAGCCGAGCCAGAAUACGCGGAGGGCGGGACCAUCGCCUCCGCGCUCCACCAGUACCGCACGCAAGCCCGUCGCGGGACAUGGCUAGUCGAACGCCUCUUCAUGGACGGUGUUCACAUGGGAUGCAUCGCGCACCACGAAGACGUGUCUGCGAAGGAACUUCUGCUGGGUUCUGCGAUGCUCGGCGAGUCCCGCUGGCCAGAACAGCAGAUUCAGAGAGUGGGCAGGUAUGACUGGUCGGCUGCGUAUGACGGAGUCGCGACAACCGAGAUGGUUCAGAGAUUGAAGGAGAACGGCGCCCCUGGCCCUUCAAAGCGCCGUCGUCGUCGGAGUGACGAUGAUGACGACGACGAGGAUGAUGCGCUGGUGGAGUACCUGGACUGCCUGCGAUCCAGGUGCUGUAUCCUUCUCGACGCGGACCGCUUUGGGGAUUUUAAAACCAUGAUCAGGAAUAAACCGAGACAACUGACGCAGGAUGGCGUCUGCGUGUUUGGCGAGGGGGAAAGCAACGUUGGCGUGGUUUACAAGCCGGUGGAUAGCGAGUAUGAGUUUGCCUGGAUGUGUUACGCGGAGGAUGGAGAGGAAAUGGUUGGGUUCGUCUAUGAUGCAGCGUACACGCUGUUGGAGAAUUUUGAUGAGGAUAUGUCUGUGGAGGACACGGUGGUCAUCAAGCAGGACGGGAUAGCAGUGGAGUGAGGCUUUCGCUGCCAGUUUUCUGGUAUCAACGACAUCAGCAUUUAGUGACGUGCAGAGGCUAUCGGAAAGCGGACCGGCGGGCCGGCUGCUUAUAAGUGGAGGCGAAGAGUCGCUUCCGCGCUCGCCUCUUCCCUCGGCGACAGCCGACCGUCGUCGUAAGGCCCUCAAUAUUAUCCCCCAAAAAAUUAUAUUUCGUUGCUUUGGGGUCCUUGAUACAAGCACUGUGGUGUAGAAGAUCGUCCAUAUGAUGCUACACAGCAGCGGCCCAUGUAUGAGGGUAAACGUAGAAUGUUAAGAAGGGACCAAGAAGACGACGGUGAGAAGCUUUGAGGAUAGUUUUGAGGAUAGGAUGUUUCAAAGAUAGUUGAGUUAGUCCCUUUGCGAAC